AUGUUCUACAAUCAGGCCGACUACAUUGAGACGGCUAGCGGCAAUAAAGUGUGCAGAAAGUCGGUUCUCUGUGGCCCACAGAACAUCAUGAUCCUAGGAAAGACAAUCGUCCAAGAAGGCUGCAUCAUCCGAGGAGAUUUGGCAAAUGUAAAAGUGGGGCGUUAUUGCGUGAUCAGCAAGAAUGCGGUCAUUAGGCCACCCUUUAAGAAGUUCACAAAAGGAGUGGCCUUUAACCCAAUGAACAUUGGCGAGCACGUCUUUAUCGGCGAGGGAAGCAUAGUCAACGCCACCUCGAUCGGCAAUUACGUUUACAUUGGCAAGAACUGUGUCAUAGGGCGGUACUGUGUCCUCAAGGACGGCGCCUUCAUAGCCGACAAUUCAGUACUUCCCUCUUCCUCUCAUGUGCCCGCAUUCGCCGUCUUCUCCGGCUCACCGGCAGUCUAUACCUCAGAAAUGUUUGAGUCGAUUCCCGACGUGAUGGCCGACUUUACCAAGAGCUACUACCAGAAGUUUCGCUCAAGAAAAGACGAGUAG